ACCCUUAACGAUUAACCCUUGCCACGGCAGCACACACUACGAUAACGCUGACAAGUAAACAAAAAUAAUUUUUGACAACUUUGCAAUUCUUAUAUAUUUGGAUCAUUUUGAGUACAUUAUUGUUUAUUUAGAUUUUCGAAAAAAAUAACAAAUUUUGAAUAUAGGCGUUAGUAGCAAAGUUCAACAAAUUUCUCACAAUGCGAAAGACUUGGGUGAAGCGAGAAAAUAUUUACUAUAAACCAUUCUAUAAGCAAAAAUCCAAAAUGUUUUUAUUAGGAGUUUUUUUAUUAGGGAUAGUUUUUAUAAUUUAUCAGGCCUUUUCUAUUAAUCAACUACCAAGUGCUAGUACGCCGUGGAGUUUCGAAGGUACUAUGCAGGGACUUCGUAAGAAACAUAUGGAAAUGAUCAAAUCAUUAGGUCGGAAGCAAAGUGAUGGCUACGAUGACGGAGGGGGUGGUGGCGAUGGUGCUCUAUCUCUGGACAACAACGAAGAGGAAGAUUCCAUUAAAAUUAUACGUGGCAUACGGCUAUACGAUUAUGAUUCUUAUAAGCCCAACUUUGACGGAAAUUUUCGAUGUUUAGAUGGCAGUAAGGAAGUGUCCUUCAAACGUGUUAACGAUGAUUUCUGCGAUUGCCUUUCUGAUGGGAGUGACGAACCAAGUACUAAUGCUUGUGCCAAAGGCCGUUUCUAUUGUAAAUAUCAAAAACGGCAUAUCACCGGUCGCGGUGUAGAUGUAUACGUUCCAAGUAGUCGCAUUAAUGAUGGUAUUUGUGAUUGCUGCGAUGGUAGUGACGAAUGGUUAACCAUUACUUGUAAAAACAAAUGUACAUAAUAAGCAUAUAUUUAUGUCUUGAAGUAAACUCAAUUUAGUUAUUCUUUACAUUAGUGAUAUAUUUUUACCUACUAUAUAGAAAAAUAUUUCGAAAGCUGAUAUUCAAAAUAACUUAAUUAAACACAAAGGAUACUUGUUUAGAUAGGCUAUAUUGAAUAUAAGACCUCGAUAUCCCGCUCUAUGUCAUAAAUAGAAAUAUAAUUUCAAUAAAACGUUAGGAUAAUGUAGAACUAAACACACAAUGACAAUGAAGUGAUUUUAAAUAGAUUAUGAAUUGAAUAUGUUAAAUGAUGCUAUGCAUCAAAUGUCGUCUUGUAAGUCUUAUCUAUUUCGCAGUUAUAAAUCAACUACUGUACUAAGUGAUAAUAAGUUCAUUGUAUACUCAAAAUUUGUUAUAAAACAUAAAAGACGAUUAAAUUCGAAUGUAUAAUUAGAUUUUAUAUU